AUGAAUAAUUAUCAUUACCUUCUGAAAUUCAUUAUCAUUGGUGAUACAUGUGUUGGCAAAAGUUGUCUCCUUCUCCAAUUUACUGAUUCUAGAUUCAGAAAUGAACAUGAUGCAACAAUAGGGGUUGAGUUUGGAUCAAGAAACACCAAGAUUAAUGACAAGACUAUUAAGUUGUAAGUCUGGGAUACAGCAGGAUAGGAAGCAUUUAAAUCAAUUACACGCUCAUAUUACAGAGGAUCGAUUGGUGGCAUUCUUGUAUUUGAUGUGACUUCCAGAUAGUCUUUUGAAGGUGUUGCAAAAUGGUACUAAGAGAUCCAGGGUUAUGCUUGCGAUAAAAUUGAAAUGGCGCUAGUAGCAAAUAAAAUAGAUCUAGAUGCAAAACGUGAAGUUCAAACUGAGGAAGCACAAGCUUUUGCUAAAAAACACGGAUUUGCAUAUUUUGAGACUUCUGCAAAAACAGGGGAAAACGUUGAUACUGUAUUUGAAUCUAUGGCUUAAACAAUUUUAAAACGGAUUGAUUCUGGGGAGAUCGACCCCUCCUAAGAAAUAUAUGGAAUCAAGGUAGGUCCUGGAACUGUAGAGGUAUAGAAAAAGUAAGCAGUAACUUAAGAUCCUCAAAAUCCUAAGCCUUUAACAGGAUAUACUACACCUGCAGGAAAUAAAAAAGCAGAGAAAAAGGAAGAGAGCUGCUGUUGAUUGUUAUGCAUAUAUAUAAAAAUUAAUAU